UGGCUUGGCCGUAGCUUUUGCUGGAGGUUUGGCCUUUGCUGGAGCUUCUUCUUGAGCUGUCUUCACCUCCUUUGUUUCGGCAGCCACUGGAGAUUAUAAGGAAGGAUAUUAUAUUGGAGUGGAAGUAGUUGAAGGUGACCCAGAAGCAGAAAAACCAUUUUAUGGUCCAGGCUGAGAUUCAUUGCGGACAGGCUGAGAUCUGGAGGCAGAUUACUGCUGCUGGAGACACUUGUACUGAAGUGACAGAUUGUAUAAGUCAAGUUUUAGGACUUCAUAUUCUGGGUUGGUUGGGCCGGCUUGCUUUCCUUCCUCCUCGAUGUUUAUUAGUUCUUCCACCUCGGCCUCUCUCUUGCGGUGUUUUCCCUAAUUUUGAUUCCAUAUUUGUUCCUCGAGAUAAAGAUGUGUCUAAUUGUGAAGGCUCUGCUGACCUGCAUCAUAGCCCUUCAAUUGUUGAAUUUGAUGAGACGUCAUCACAAAUAUCUUGUCGUGACGCUCAGUCUUCGAGUGAAUUGUCAAUCCCCAAGAGUCCUCCUGCUUUGCUAAAAGGUAGCGUAACAACUUUAAACGUGGAUGUGCUUGAGCAGACAGUGUUGCCUCUUCAAAAUCAGCUUCUUACCCAUCUUGAAUCAAUGAAUCUGCUUCAACACAAGUCCAUGACACAGGUGGUGGAAUCUACUUUUAUCGUUUUGGAUCGUCUAUUAGUUAAUUAUACACCUUUUUAAGAGCGUGUGAAGGAGUUCAUUGCCUGUGCAUCAUCAUUUGCUGAUAUAGAGUAGUCCAUCAACAACAAACAUUCUUUUCAAGAGUUGAUGGAGCGGUACCAUAGUGAGAAAGUAAGGUAUAUAAGCAAAGUGGCUACUAUAAGCAACAAUAGUGUAGCUGUGUAGCAUCUAUCCAUUUUGGCUAUAUAAUUUGAUUGUUUUUUAUAUGUAAUUUGUCACUUUGUUCCAUCCUUGGUUAAAUGGAUUGGAUUUAGCUAGAUCUUAUGUAUGAUCGUAUAGCCUCUUCAUAAUCAGUAUGUUGGUUUGCGUAGAGCUUUGUAUGUGAAUUGCAUAGCUUGUACAAGGAUUUUUCUAUGUACAGCUUUUAAAUUAUGUUGAGAUUUACCGAAAUGAUACUAAUUUGAUAAAUAAAAGUCAUCUAUUUCACCUUUUCUGUUC